AUGGCCAACUACUCUCUUAGCGACACCCAGCAACAGCUCAUCAAGGACGCUGCUUCAUUUGCUGACAAGGAACUCAGUGGGGCACGUCAGACAUACCAACAUCUGUCAACCCAGCGAGAAAGAUUCUUAACAGUCAGGCCAUUCUUUCAGAAGAUUGUUGAGGCUGGCUACCUCAAGGCCUUUAUCCCAGCGCCAGAUGGAGGAACCUGUGAAUCCUUCCUGGGCAUGUCUUUGAUCCUUGAAGAGCUUUAUACUGCUGACACCAGUGUGAAUGUCGCACUUAUCGGAACAGCUCUUGGACUGAUGCCCUUGAUCCUUGGUGGUACAAAGGAACAGAAAGAUCAGUUCUUGAAGCCUUUUCUCAGUGGCAAAGGUGAUGCGCUUGCCAGUCUUGCCCAUUCUGAGCCUGGUGGCACAGCCAAUUGGCUAGAGAAAGGUGGCAGAGGACUAGGUGUCACUGCGAAGAAGGAGGGAGAUUAUUACAUUGUGAAUGGCGAGAAGCAAUGGACAACCAACAGUGGUGGUUGGGAUGAAAAGGGUGCUGCGCUAACUUGUCUCUGUGUUCGCUAUUCCGAGGAUGGUGGCCCUGAGAAGCCAGAUGUUGACCCUAGGGAUAACAUCAUGAUCUUGCUUGUUACCCGAGACAUCAUUGAGAAGAACGAUCCUGAUUCCUACAAGAUUCUCUCAGAGCCUGAGCUCAUGGGACAUGGCGGUGCCAGUGGCCCCCACACAAGGUAUACCAACUUCAAGGUCCCCGCAGACCGUCUUCUCUGCGCACGCGGCGACGCCACAGCCACCGUGAUCGAGACAGCAUUCGGUAUCACUGCGGCUCUGGUCGGUGCACUGGCAUGUGGUACCAUGCGAACUGUUUUCGAAUCAGCCCUCAAGUUUGCCAAGGAAGACCACCGAGGCGGCAGUGUCCCCAUCAUUCAGAGGCAGAGCGUGGCAGAUCUGCUUAUCAACUGUAAGAUCAAGAUUGAUAUCUCCCGACUUAUGGUCCGUAAUGCUCUGGAUAGCAUUGAUAGAGGCAGAGGAGACACUGCUAGCAGACUUGAAAGCUGCUUGCAAGCCAAGAUCUACAGUGGAGAGGCUGCUGUGCAGGCUAUCUGGGAGGCGAUGCAGGCUGUCGGAAUGAGAUCUUACCUUGCUGAUAUGGGAUUCGGAAACCUUCUCAAUGAUGCGGCCGUCUUUUCCUUGUUUGACGGAGGCAACGUUGGUGUUAGGAGGAGACAGUAUGAGAGAAUUAUGCAAGCUGCUGAUUACGAACCAUGGAAGGCUUCCAUGUAG